AUGGGUUGCUUGCAGGCCUCUGGACAUCAAGUGGAAAAGACUCCGCGUCAGAACAUGCCUGAAGGUGGAGCGACCUCUCCUCCCAAGUAUGGUGGUCGCGAUGCCGAUCCGGACAAGCCCAUCGUGAUGGGGAAGUACAAGAUGAGCUGCAACAAGUCGGAUUGCCUGGGAGAAGGAUCCUCUUCCAUUUGUCGCAAGGGCGUUUGCCUGGAGACGGGUCAGGAAGUGGCAAUCAAAGUCUACAAGACGGCCACGAAAUCCGUGAACAGCUCUGAGGAGAUCCGCCUUCAGAAGUUCAAGCGCCAGAUCCAAGUGCUGAAGAUGCUGCAAGAGGCAUUCGUGGUGCCCAAGGAUCAGACGCUGUGGCAUCCCGACCUUGCGAAAGCCACGCCCUCCAAGCUCUUCAUGAUGCUCUUGGACUACUCGAAGGACGACAAGGGCGAGCCUGGCCCGGAUCCCACGGAUGGAGUCAUGUACGUCAUCACCGAGGUUGCGCAAUACAGCUUGAAGGACUACUUCGCGCUGAAGAGGGAGAAGAACAAGCCGCUGUCGCGUGAGUCUAUCAAGGCCUGCGCAAGGGCUAUCCUCCUCGUGGUGGCCGGUCUCCAUGCAAAGGGCCUCGUUCAUCUGGACCUGAAGCCCGAGAACUUGAUGAUGUUCAACGGGCGGCUGAAGCUAAUCGACGUGGAUGGUUGCGUUCCCAUUGACAGCGAAGUCUCCAUCAACGACUCGUCCAUCUCCUUCUCCCCGUGCUACUGCGCGCCGGAGUGGGCUAGGUUCUUGAUCGAUGAGGCCGAGUCCAAGAUCAUUGCGAAGCCACACCUGGAUGUCUGGAGCAUUGGCAUCACGCUUUGCGAGCUUGUGACGCUGGAUGCGAUUUUGAAGCCCAUGUACGGCAAUUUCCUCCGCAACGGACACUCGCACAGAGAAGCAGGUUUCCUCUUCAUGGACUGGCUCGGCCACAUCACGCGCGCGCCAGUUCCCAAGAGCAUCGAGCGCUUUGACCGCGACUUCCACAAGCUCAUAGUCGAGUCCCUCCUGGUCUGCGACUUCACCAAGAGGAAGUCCUUGGCCCAGUGCCUCUCUGACCCGUAUGUCGUGGAGAGCGGCAAGUCUGAGUCGCCAGAGCUGGAAGGCGGUGAGAAGGUGGUGCGACAGGCUCGCCAGCGCUUCGAGGACACCUCUAGCAAGGCGCCCCUCUACAAGGGCACUUUGUGGAAGCUCAACAACGAUGGCAAGGCCGAGGAUGCCACGCAUUGGCUCAAGCGAGACAUGUGGGUCGCUUGCGAUGGCUCUCUGUGCUACUUCAGCAUCAAGGAGAACAAGCGCCUCGUGCUCUUGGACGGUAUCAAGAUUUCUGGUGCCAAGGUCACGACGCUGCCCAGCGCCGCGCGCGAGUUCGCUUUCCGAUUGGAUUGCGUCAACAGCGAUGACCAUGAGAAGGACAUCUCCAUGUGCUUCUCUGCUGAGUCCGAGCAGGAGUACCAGAAAUGGCGAUCCCUGCUGUCACAGGCCUCGAACUUGGAAGGUGCCAUGCAGACCAUCCGCUUGGGUGGCGCGGUGGCCGAUGAGCUGAAGCAGUUCAGGCUUGCAGUGAAGAACCGCCGGAUGAAGGUCGGCGAGGACACCAAGGACCAGUUCGCACCCAUCUUCAAGGCCAAGCUCUGGAAGGUCAAGGCUGAAGGUGACCGUAAGAAGGUCGAUGACUGGUUUGAGCGCGAGAUGUGGAUCGCCAAGAACGGAGCCUUGCCUUUCAACACAGUGACCUUUCGGUUUGGGGUUUAG